AUGCAAAUCCUUCAUAUUGUACUCAGGCAGUUCAAAGCUACAACGUUGGGGGGAGAGCAUGACAUUGUGCAGGUUACAAGUCAUCAAGUUUUGAGCAAAGUUGAAGCUAUUGUUGACAACUGUAAUCUGGCUGAAAACCUUGAAGAUGUGCAAAUAAUUGCUGAUACCACCACAGGAGUAGCAGAUGUGGAAAAGGUUUGGUCAACACCUCCAAUUCCAUACACUGGGCAAAUCUUUUCAAGUAAGCUGGAAGCUAGGAAGUUCUACAACUCAUAUGCAGGAAGGAUUGGUUUCUCAAUUCGUACAAGCACUUCACGACUGUCAGGUUUGACGCGGGAGCAGCAUAAAGUCAUAUUUGUUUGUAACAAAGAAGGGCAUGGGAGGAAAGCAAAAGAGGGCGAUCCUGCUGAUGAAUCUGAUGACAGCAAUGAUGAAAAGAGGGGCUUCAAACCUGAGAAUAGCAACAAAGGACAUGGCGAUGAAGAUGCUGAGAAGAGAAAAAAGUUGGUUGGUGGAAAGAAGCGGAAAAGGGAGAGGAUGCAUCAUACAGAUUGCAAGGCGAGGAUGGUUAUCAAACUGAUAGCUGAUAGAUGGCAUCUAGUUCCGUAUGAAGGGAAGGAUGUUGGCAACUUCCGCUCCACCAUCCGAAGAACAGAAAAGUACAAGGACAUGCAAGAGACUUUAGACUACUUUAAAGAGCUAGAAAAUGAAGAUCCUGAGUUUUUCUACAAGAUCAAACUUGAUAAUGAGCAUAGGGUUGACAGCUUUUUUUGGGUUGAUGGAGCAGCUAGGCAUGCUUACAUUGAGUCAUACCAUGAUUGUAUGUCUUUUGAUGCAACCUACAUGACAAAUAUGUAUGACAUGCCCUUUACUCCCUUCAUUGGGAUCAACAGGCAUGGACAGUCCUUUAUGAUGGGUUGUGCCUUCCUAAGGGAUGAAAAGACACCUAGCUACAAGUGGUUAUUUGAAAUAUUCCUGGUGGCAAUGAAAGGUCCUAUCCUAGAAAAGGAUGAAGAGCUGGAGGGGGACUUCAAAGAAUGCAUGAACCACACUGUGACCCCCGGUGAAUUUGAAAUAGCAUGGGAAGCUAUGGUGGCCAAGUAUGGUUUACAAAACAAUGAGCAUUUUCAGCGCCUAUACGCGCUCAGGAGCAGUUUUGUACCAGCAUACUACAUUCAUUGCUUCUACCCGUUCUUGCAAUCCACUCAAAGGAGUGAGGGUUUUAACGCUGUGCUGAAGAAAUAUGUGAACCCACAUAUGUGGACACAAGAAGCUGUUCCUGAGAAUGAAGAUGCUAAUUCUAACACACAUUUGCCUGCUGAUUUCAUAGCCCAUGGGAUGCCCCUAAAUAAUAAGAAAACUUUGUGGUUCACCAAUCUGUCUAUAGCAUUUGCAGCUUUGGCUAUUGAUGGUUGUCUUUCAAAAGAAACUUAUACUCUUGUGGACAAUCACAUCAAAAUGAUGUGCUCUGAGCUGGAUGACAUUAAAAAACAGAGGAGGCCUGGCAAGCAGAAGGUCUCUGCAAACCCUGAGCCCUCUAGAGUGCCUAAUAUGUCUAUUAUUUUUGCUAAUGAUACUGCUGCUAGCACACAUGGUGUUGUUGCUCCUGAUCCUGAAGUGCAUUCUGGUCCAUCUAGUGUGGUUGAUGUUGAAAGUGCAGUGCUGGAUAUCGUAGGCAACCCACCGAGAUUGAUAGUCAAAGGGCGCAAGAAGGAGAAGAGGCUUAAGAAGGGGAUGAAUGCUCAAUCGAAGUGA